CUGGAGGACGUCAAGGCCAGCUGCCAGCGCAACCUCAAGCACCUCAUGUACCUGCAGAACCAGCGGCGCGCCUUUGGCUACUCGUCGCAGGCCGUCGAUCUGGAGUGGCAGAUUCGCGGCCAGACGGGCGUCUUGAUCGGCGAGCUGCGGACGCUGCAGGACGGGGUCCGCCGGAUGGUCAAGGACGCAAAGAACCACCGCUGGCGACGAUGGUUGUUUGGAGGCAUCCUCGCAACCUUCAUCCCUGCCGUGCGCAAGCUGUUUCGCCGCGGCACAGACGCAGAGUCGCUGGUCUCGUCCAACAACACCGAGUACGCGUUCCGCAAGUCAAAGGGCCUCCUGCAGCGGAUCAAGGACUCGGUGCUCGGCCACGGCCGCCUGGCGAGCAUUGCCUUUUUCGUCUUCUCCGUCCUCUACGUGUUCCAGAACGAGGUGACGCUGCGGGUGGCCAAGACGGUGCAGAAGCGCCUCAAGAAGCUGUCGCAGCGCCUCGAGUACAGCAGCCAGGAGAUUGAGGAACGGGACCUGAAGGCGCUCGAGGGAUGGAGAUGGAGGGUGAUUCUGUGGUGA